AUGGCUCCCGAGGUUGUUUCUAGCGAGUACGACUUCGCGGCGGACGUCUGGUCUCUCGGCGUGGUGCUUUACAUUCUUCUCUGCGGCGCGCCGCCUUUUGGCGGGAAGGACGACGCGCAGAUCAUGCGGUCGAUCUGCCACGACGAGCCGGAUUUCUCGUCGCCCGCGUGGCAGAGCGUGUCGGCGGAGGCUAAGCUGUUCGUCCGGUGCCUGCUAGUUAAAGACCCCGCGCGCCGCCCUCCAGCGUACAAGCUCCUGGCGCACCCAUGGAUCCUCGUGCACACGCGCGGCGGGCGGAUCGUACGGCGGAAGGUGUUCGCGCCGAACGGACGGCAGGCAAGGGCCGGCGGCAUGAGCGCCGCGAUGAGCGGCGGGUUCGCGUCGCCCCUGCGGCCGCGAACUGGGCCUCUCGCGGGGUUCGCGGUGGGAACGCCGGUGCGGUCGUGCGGGUCGACGAGCGUUGCCGCUGCGCUUCUGUCUCCCCUGCCGACUGCUGCUGUGGCGCCAGCGAUGACGCCAGCAAUGACGCCGCUCCUGUCCCCGCAGAUCGGGGUAACACCGAUUCUUGGAAGAAUCGCGGCGAUGCGAGUGGCCGGGUCGCCGUCGCCGCUCUCUGCGCCAUCAGUUCCGCCGUCUCCUGCGGGGCACGCGCAGUGGGUUGCGCCAUCGCCCGUGUUCGGAUCGCCGCUGGGAGGAGGGGGCAAUGCGGUGGUGGUGGGUUCUCCGUGGUCGGCUCACCAGCAGCAGCAGCAGCAGCAGCAGCAGCAGAAGAGGUUGGCUCCAAAGCGCCUGCUCUGGCUUCCCAAUCUCUCCACUCCCUCUCGGAACGCCUCCACUCCCUCCCCCGCCCGCUCAGAAGUCGCUCCCAUAUCCCCCUGCCUGGCUCUCGCUCGAAAGCCCCUCGCUCUCUCAGCAGCUCGAAAGCUCCUCACACCAUCCAGCACCCUCGCCCCGCCCACUCUCACGCACCCCUCUCCACCGCUUCCCACUCCACGAGCCUCGAUCCCUACCCCUCCCACUUCCGGAGAAUUUCAGCUUCCGCCGGCUGCAUUUCCCGCUGCCGUUGGUACCUCCGCUCUUCCUGUUGCUUCUCUCUCUGCUCUUCCAGCUGCUGCUUGCUUGGAACCUCAGCGUAACUGCAACACUUCCGCUUCCUCCUGUGCAUCUGCGUCCUCCUCAUCCUCUACAGUCCCCUUUGCAGCUGCGCAGCUCCCCAAGGCAACUUUGCCUCCCGCAGUCCCUGCUCUGACGCCGAUUACACCCGAUGCAACCCCCGUGCUCGGCCCGUCUCAUCCCAGCACAGAGCCCAGCCCGCUGACUGCCCCGCUACCACUCGUAGCACCAACGGCGGCGAAAACACAACUGCAGAACAGCAACCUGAAGGGGUGUGGUAACUUUGUUACAGCAGCGUAUACCAGCACGACAAUGACGCUCGGAAAUGGACAAGCCGAUGAUAGCUGGGGGUCGGUUGGGUCUGCUGCUGGGAUGGCUCCGGCUCCUGCUGCCCCGGUAUCCAUGGCGUCUGGUUCAGUCUCGUCCGCCGACUUGGUUUUGAACGGUGGUGGUAUUUCAGGCGGGCCAGCAGGAUUGGCGGAUAUGCCUGGAAUGUCGUCACUCAGGCGGUGUCUUUUUGCGUGA